AUGGCAACAGAACUAGUCAAAGACUAUCAUAAGGACUCGGUUACAUCUCGCUCGGCUAUCAAGCUGGACAUAUCCAAGGUGUUUGAUACCGUUAGCUGGGAUCUCAUUGAUGCAACUCUGCGUGCAAUGAACUAUCCGAACAUGUUUGUCUCAUGGAUCAUGAGAUUGAUUGAUACUGCAGCUUAUUCAGUGUCGGUAAAUGGUGAGUUAGAAGGCAAUGUACUCUCCAAACUCCUCAACAAAGCGGUUUCUAAUGGUGAGAUUGGUUACCAUCCACACUGUAAGGAGGUGAAUCUCUCUCACUUUAGUUUUGCUGACGACAUAGUUGUCUUCACAAACGGCUCACCAGAAUCGCUUAGAAGCACACUGGAUGUGUUUGAUAAAUUUGCAAGAUUGUUGGUUUUGAGAAUCAACAUCGCAAAUUCGACUGAGUUUGCAGCGGGAAAAGGGAAAGCUACGCUUGAAAAUGCAGCCCUGUGGCCUCUCCAUAUCUGCGUUGCCAAUCAAGAAUCUUGGUUUGCCCCUAACUACAAAGAUUAUGUCUAA